AUUUUCAAUUUUUUCAAAUUCAUUUCAAAUUUAAAUCACAUCUUAAAUUUCAAUAUCAACAAGUAAACAAAACCACAUUUGGGUUCAGAAGAAGCCAGAAGUCUAGAGAGAGAAAGCCCUAGAGAGAGAGAGAUGAACAACGGAGCGGGAAACGAAGACAAGGGUUUGCUAUGGAGGCUUCCAGUCAUAAAAUCGAAGGAAUUAGGUAAGCUAGGACCUGCCUUCGGAAUCGGCGCCGGCUGUGGUGUCGGCCUCGGCAUCGGCCUCAUCGGCGGCACAGGAUUCGGCCCCGGAAUCCCCGGCUUACAACUCGGUUUCGGACUCGGAGCUGGAUGUGGAGUCGGCCUAGGGUUCGGCUAUGGAAUGGGCAGAGGCAUUGCUUAUGAUGAUAGUCGGAGAUACUCUAAUGUCGGCAAGUUUUUCAACGGGAAAGCAAAUCUUCAUUCGAAUCUUCCUUCUCAGGAUGAGAUUGGUGCCCUAAUUGAUGAACUUGUGAUGAACACCAAGAAGCUAAUCAAAGCCACUUCCACAGAGGUUGAUAAGUGGAGGAGGUUCUGAAUUUUGAUGUAUUUGUGUUUUUAGGGUUUAUAUGUUUAAGAUCCAAACACAAUCUUAUUAUACCUUUACAAAAAUAUGUUUGUGUGAAUUGUUCUGAGUUUGUUGAAUUCCAUCUACUGUGUUUGAAUCUUUGAUUUGAGUAUGUAUUUUUUUUUU